AUGUCGUGCUUUCCACCAAGCUUCCCUAUAAGAUCAACCAUCAACGCUCCUUUCGUCGCUCGCCCCUACCCCUCCGGCAUCUCAUCCUCGUCCUACCUUCCGCUCCCUUCGCUCUCAAGAGUAUCGCUCACAUUCGACCCAAUGUCUUCCUUCGACGCCGUCCAGGCCCACUCCAAUAUGCAGUUGCUCCACGAGUACAUGGGCUUCGUAUCGCCCAUCUCCAUGUCGCGACGAAGCCGCAUUCAGCGAGCGUGCAUCGCCUGCCGCCGAAGGUACGUCUCCGAACCCGCAAUCUCAUCUUGCAGCCCAGCGAGCCGACAUCUGACCCAGCUCCUCUUUCACCACACCAGAAAAAUUAAGUGCAACGGCAACUUGGAUGGUUGUGCACACUGCACCGAGAAGGAUCAGAAGUGCUGCUACGAGCCUGUGCCUGCCGACGAGAAGCUCAAGGCGCGCUCGUACAAGCGUCAGCUCACCCAACGUCGGCAGCAGACGCGCGUCUACUACGACAGGAGCCAUCUUCCUGACUCGCGGAUGUUCGCCGCAGCCUAUGGUAUGCCCCCUGCCUUCGUGCACGGCAUGGCGCCCUAUCCCACGGGCUUCUACACGUCCCAGCCAGCCCUUUCUUCGCCGACUCCGAUUCACGUUGCUAUGAUUGCCUCGCCGAUCACACCGCCUCCGACUUCGAGUCCGAUGGAGCAAGACGUCAAUUCCUACUUUGCGGUCGUCGCUUCUCCCGAAAGCUCGAUGCAGCUGCAAAGCAUCACUGGCACCUCAUCGUUCACACAUCCCAUCCCGGCUCCUCUGAUGAUCGAGCCUCUUUCGACUCCGGCACUUUCGUCGUCGCUUUCCUCUCCAGCUCUCUCGGUCUCCUCGUCGUCAAGCUCUCUUCUCACUCCCAUGAGCGAGACCUUCUCUGAGCUCAAUACUCCUCUCUCGGCUACCUUCCCUGCCUCGAGCAUCGACCCAUGCGCUUCGGGCCAAGCCCACUUCCACGACUUUGUCGGCGGUCUCGAGCUCUACAACGUCCCCUGCAUGACCAACGGCUUUUCUGCAAACAUGCCUUCCCUCCCAAUGGAGGACCUCGUCAAGAUGGAACCUUCGGCUCCGUCUGCUCCAUCUUCAGCCUUUUCUUCUCCCGAGCAGCUCUUGCCUGCGUUCCCGGCCAACCUUGGCUACAUCUCCUCGCUUCAGUCAGACGCUACCAUGUCAGCCUUCGCUGGCGCGUUUGCCUAG